GUGUCGUUGUUGUUGUCUCUCUCACACACAGAGAGUUUGUGUGUGUUUAAAAGAGUGAUUUAAAAGAUGCUCCGCGCGCCACAAACACACAUUUAAACGUUUGUUUUCGUCACGCGGAUGUUUAAGAGUUUGACGGAAGCGGACAAACAUGAGAGAGACGCCGCUGUCACGUGUGUUGUCUUCUGGAAACUGAUUGGUUGAGCGCAGCAGCGUCGGCUCCUCGUCUGAUAACUGCUGCAGACAGAGUGAGACCGAGUGCAGACGGUGCAGCUGUACAACGACAGGUGCAGCUUCGAUAUGACUAAGAGAAGCCCGUCUUAUCAGCUUGUCAAAAGCGGUUAGGUACAGAUCAACAUUCCCAUUCCGACAUGUGACAGGAUGCUGAACCAUCACUGCAGAAGGAACCCGGAGCUUCACGAUGAGCUGCAGAUCCAGGCUGCGGUGGCAGCCGGAGACGUGUGCACGGUCAGGAGAAUGCUGGAGCAGGGAUAUUCGCCCAAAGUCCGCGACGCCAACGGCUGGACGCUGCUCCACUUCUCUGCCGCCAAAGGAAAAGAGAGAUGUGUGCGAGUCUUUCUGGAACACGGAGCUGACCCCACAGUGAAGGACUUCAUCGGCGGCUUCACAGCUCUUCACUACGCCGCCAUGCACGGUAGAGCACGCAUCGCCCGCCUCAUGCUGGAGUCCGAGUUUCGCAGCGACAUCAUAAACGCUAAAAGCAACGACGGCUGGACGCCGCUGCACGUGGCCGCACACUACGGCCGCGACACCUUCGUACGCCUCCUCCUCGAGUUCAGGGCCGAGGUGGACCCACUAAGCGACAAGGGCACCACACCGCUGCAGCUGGCCAUUAUUCGUGAGCGCUCCAGCUGCGUGCGGAUCCUCCUGGACCACAGUGCCAACAUCGACAUUCAGAACGGCUUCCUGCUGCGCUACGCCGUCAUCAAAGGGAACCACUCGUACUGCCGCAUGUUCCUGCAGAGGGGGGCGGACACCAACUUGGGCCGUCUGGAGGACGGUCAGACGCCGCUGCAUCUGUCCGCACUCAGAGACGAUGUUCUAUGCGCACAGAUGCUCUACACGUACGGAGCCGACACCAACUCCAGAAACUACGAGGGACAAACGCCUGUGGACAUUUCUGCUGGCAUGUCAGGACUCAGCCGACCCUGUCUGGACUUCCUCCAGGAGGUCACCAGACACCCUCGGACCCUGCAGGACUUGUGUCGGAUAAAGACCCGUCAGUGCAUCGGCCUCCAGAGUCUGAAGCUGCUGGACGAUCUGCCCGUCGCUAAAGUCAUGAAAGACUAUUUAAAACACAAGUUUGACAACGUGUGAAGAGGGAGACGUUGUAACGCCCCCUGCUGUCAGGAAUGAAGACUAUGCAAUCGUCAGGUCUGUAGUCAAACGCUGAGCGACAGUCUGUCCGCGUCUCUUUGUCCAGUUUAACGUCUUCACUCGUCGAAGGAGAAUCAACUGUCAUCUAAUCUGGUUUCAUUUAAUCUGGUUCAUCUUCACUGCUGAAGAUAAAAUGACGUGGAAACUGAGAAACUUCACACAAGUCAUCGCAGCGCCCCCUGCUGCUGAGAGCCAGCCUCUGACUCUCUGCGUCACAUGAUCAUGGAAACAGUCAGUCAUGCUCAAUGACUUUAACAUCAGCACCAGGGGUUUGGACUCAGAUUUCAGGCUGAAAUGAUGAGAGAUCAUCAGAAUGUUCUUCCUGCUGCUGAUUGGUCGGAUCCAGACAUCAACAGGAAGCUCGGUGUGAAUGAGUGAGUUUUAUUAAAGUGCUUGCUGAUUAAAUCACAUGAUAGUUUUUAUUCUCGAGGCUGAAACUUUCACCCGUUCAUCGAUCCCGUCGUGUUUGUCGUUUUUAAAGCACAUGUCAUCAUGAACAUUUGAAGUGAGUGAAUUCAUGUUCACUCAUUAACUCACUGUGUUUUUUUAUCUCUGAGUAAGUGUGUGUGUGUGUUGUCUGACACACACACACAGUCAGUGUAAAUAUGUACAACAGAUAUUUUUGUAGAUUUAUUUAAGCCUUGAUCUCUGCUCUUCUUAACGUAUUUAAAGUUUGGAUAUAAUAUAAGGAUCUGUUUGUUGUGACUUUAUUGUUGUUGUUUUUGUUUGUGUGGUGAGUUCAAAGACUUCACAGCUGACUCUGAAACAUUCUGGCAAUUAUAAAUAGACGUUUAAAUCCUGUUUUACUUUGUUUUCAAAUCACAAAUAUUCCCGUGCGUUAAAGCCUUAAAUCAGAUUAUUUUCACCCUCACUGUUUACAAUAAAUAUGAAUUUGAAUAAGACGAGCAACAAAAUGAAUUAUGGGAGAAAAGUAAAAACAAAAAUUUGAAGCCAUUUGUUUUUAAUCUUCAUUUUUUCAGACCUGGUCAUUUAAAAAAAAACAAUUUUUAUAUGAUUUCAUUUGAACUCUUCAAGUGUUUCCUUUUUCAAACGCAGUUACACAACGUUGUACGUUAAAUAUGCAGGAUUUUCCAUGUGCUACAUGAUUUACUCUGGAGGAAAAACACAGAUUAGUCUUUUACUCCCUCUCAGCACCUUGAGGCCAAAAAUGUCCCGUUCAUAUUAACUGUGAAUUGAUGAGGGUUUUUUUUGUUUUUUUUUACCUUAAAUUAAUCUUUACAUUAGUCCUGAUUAUUAUAACAAUGUAAGUUACUGGAAGUAAACAGGCUUCCACUGGACAACAACACUGCCACCUGCUGGAUUACUGUGGAAAUGACAUAUAUACCAAAUGGGAAAAUGGGUCAAAGUGGAAAAAAAAAAGGUUUGACACUUAAUGUACGUCAGAGGAAGAACGGAACUAUUUUUUAGACAAUGUGUGAAGUCACUAUUUUAAAAAAAUCACUACUCUGAAGUUGCACGAGGGUGUUUUCAGUUCAUGUUUCCUUUGACCUUUGACCUUCAGGUCGAGGAAAGUGAAAGUGUGAAGAUCGUCUUCUCGUCUGCGUCCGUUUGUCACGUUGUCAGGGUUAUGAAUGCUGAGUCAUUUGAACGUCACUUUUACUUUGAGUCUGAUUCAUUUAAAAAAUCUCUGUGUGCGUGUGUGAGGGAAUUUGUGUACGUGUGUGUGUGUGUUUUAUAGUGUGUGUGUGUGUGUGUCAGUCGGUUCCUCAGCAGACAUUGGUCGUCAGGGAAACACGUCACACAUGGUCUCAUGUGACCAAUCACGCGAGUCUUCCUCACCGCUAACUACUGAAUGUACAGAAUAUGCAGAUUUUCAAACGUGUAAAUAAACUGAAGUUAAUGUUU